CUCCACUUCGACAUGCCCCAGCAAUACCCCGAUAUAACGCCCAGAAAGCCUCGAGCUGUACCUAGCUUCCAAGAUCAAUCUUAGUUGAACACAGGCGCUCCGGCAACAAGGCGCAUGCUAUGUGUUCCGAGUCUCCGCCGCCCUAGCUCCCCGCAGACUUGUCCAGACGACGAACGAUGACGAGGUCCGCCAGCUUGCCCGGCGAUGUAAAGGCUCUCUUGAGGCAAGGCUACGACCGGAGUGUCGAACUGAACAGCAACAUCUUCGCUCAGGAGAUUCGAAAUCCUGCGAAGCCACGUGAUGCUUUGUCUGACUGGGCUGAUGGUUUGCGUUCGGGCGGGCUGAAGUCUAUGACUCCUUUUGAGUUGAGCGUCCGGUUGCUAGGAGUUUUAGAAGAGCUCAAAGCCGAAGAAGAGUCAGACGAAGACCCCGAAGGACAUGUCACAGCACUGUUGACCUGCGAGUUUCACAUCUACAAGCUCAACUGCGGCACUCCGCUGCGCUUCAACCCCUUCCUGUACCAUUGGGUUCUUACUUCCGCGCGGAUACAGCACACCCUCCCCGAAGAGUUGGUUCCCUGGCACUGGAAAGCAAGGCUUGAAAUCAUCCGACUAGCGUUGACAUCUCCGGGCGUAGAAGAUGGCCUUGCCGAGCGGGGUUCCAAGAAUAUGGAGAAGCGGUCGCCGCAGUCGAUUGCGGAGAAGGUGCAGAAGGAGAGGCUGCAAACAAUUGACUUGAAACCCUUUGCGCGUUUGUUGGAAAUGCAAGGCCUGCCCAUUACGGAAGAGCUGGCAUCCUAUCUUGCCAUGGAAGACUAUGUCCUCAUGUCCGACCAGAGAACGAAUAGACCAGCACAUGACGACGUAUUGCACGACCUGGCACAAUACACUAAUGGCCCUCCUGUUGCACCUCAUGAAACCGCCUUUGCCAGCAGCGAAAAUUCCAAUGGCUCUGUUUUAUCUCCAACACAUGGUCCUGACACCUUCUUGAACGAUUCCCCCUCUCUCGCAAACGUACCCAAUGAUAAGGGCAAAUCCCCGGCGCCUCAGGUCUUCCCUCUAACUUCUCACUCUACUCUUUCGGAUAUACAAAAAGCAUUCAAUUACGAUCCUCAAGAAGCAAUGCACACGCUUACUCGCCUCCCAAUUGACCUAGCAUCCCUCGAUCUUCUUACUCGACUGCUUGAGUCGGCGACAUUGAAUGCUGAGACUGCGUCCACACUCACUCGUGAGUACGUCCAGCAUUCGCUUCGCAUCAUCGAGCGACUUGGUACCACCUUCUCGCCAGACUCGGACAGCGGUGCUGCGUUUGACCCCAUGAUCGAAGGUUUGCCUACAGGCAAAGACGAACAGGCACGAGCCGUCAAGCUUCUUGUCCUCUUCAUGAAGAAUCUGCUCAGAAAGGGUCUACUUCCGGUGCAGGAACUGCUUUUUGAUCUGAGAGAGAUCAGCACGAGGUACAUCUGGAUCCCAGAGGUCCGCGAAUUUACCAAUUUCCUAGAGGGUGGUGAUGGGGUGGUCGCGAGUGGUGGCACAACGGUUGAUGGUACAAGUGGUAGUGUCAACACCGGACACAGUAUUGGCGGAUGAUGAUGACGAGCUAGCUUCAAAAAGUGCAACUCAAAUUAUCAGAGUGAUACCCCUUGAGAUUUUUUUUUAGCGGAAGCGCUGGCGUUUGAGGGUAGGGAAUGCGUAAACCGUAUUUCUGGCGUUUUGCUUUGCAAUAACCCGUCACAAAUUUCUAUCCAGCUCGAUGUCUGGCUCUCAGGAAGUGGAAGUGGACUAGUACUAUUGAAUAAAACUCGUCAUAUAAGUUCGAGGUACCUAUGUUGCUGGAUUAUGGCGACGUUAUAGUUGGUAGUUCUAAUAUCAAGAUGCAAUUGGCUUCUGUGGGUGGGUCAUUCCUAGACAUAUAUUUC